AUGGCGGCGGACUCUUCGUUGCCGGUCCGGACCCCAGCGGCCGUGAGGCUGCCGCGGGCGGAGCCACUGGAGCUGGCGGCUGUGUGGAUGCAGGGCACGGUGGUGGCGGCGGGAGGCGGCGAGGCGCGGCUGCGGGACCCGAGCGGAGCUUUCGCGGUGCGCGGCCUGGAGCGGGUGCCGCGCGGGCGGCCCUGCCUCGCCCUAGGAAAGUACGUGAUGGUUAUGGGAGUGGUUCAGGCGUGUAGCCCUGAGCCGUGCCUGCAGGCUGUGAAGAUGACAGAUCUUUCUGAUAACCCCAUCCAUGAACGCAUGUGGGAACUGGAAGUAGAAGACUUACACAGGAAUAUUCCUUAGACGAUGCUGGAGCUGGAGUUAAAACCGACAGAAAGCCUGGAGCUGUUGAGGUUCUUAUGCCGUAUGGAUUUCAUCUAGCUGGGUCAGUGGCUGUCUCUCUAGUUUCUCAGAGAGCUUAGAGUGAUCAAGGAGUCUGGAUGUAGGAAUUCUUAGUGCGAGGAUACUUAACUCGGCCUGCGCUGCCCGUUGCCUUGAAUAAGUUUGCUGAUGAAAAGCAGAUGUUGUGUUCCUUUUUUUGGGGGGGGGGCCAUGGGGGCUGUGUGUGUUAAUUCUUUCUCUCUCUAAAGGACACAGAAAUCUCACAUUGCAUUUUCCAGAUUUAACAAGUGAUGAUCCUUUUUCCAUUACUCUUGCCACCCUGUUUUUAUGAUGCAAAAUUUGAAUCUCGGUCAUUGCCCGAGGUAAUUAAAGUGUGGUUCCAGGCAGGAAAACAGCCUGCAUCAGAAAGGACUGACGUUCUCCAUCCACAGCUCGCAUAUCCUGUUUGCAAGUCAAAUGGCGUGUUCCAGCUGCAGGGCACAGCGGCCCUCCCCGACACACAGCCUGCCUUCCUUCCACCACACAGCCGGCCUUCCUUCCACCGCAGACACCACUCAGCCAGUUAAGGUCAGGUUCCCCUUAGAUAUGGAAGGUGAUACUUGCCUUGCCCACUUCACUUAGAGAUGUUGAAACACUCUCAAAAUGUGUUCCAUGAAAGAGGAUCUAGAAUGGAAUGAAGAUCACAAUUACAAACGACUUUCAGGCCUUCACUAAACUUCCACCUCAUCGCUUUGGGGAGACCCCACGAAGGAGCAGCCCCCUGCUCCAGAAUGCUGACAUCAUGCAUGGAACGAUUGUUUGCUGUGCUCGUAGUGAGUGUUGGGUUUCUGCUUACUGCCCGUCCCUCGUUUUUCUUCAGAUUGUAAACUUUAAGGGGGUCAUGUUCUAACGUGACUGCAGAUUUGGUAGCAUUGCACAUUUUAUGGUGUCAUGAUAAACAGAAGUUAAUAAUUUUAAUAUAGCUAGAUGUAUUUGUUUUUUAUGUUGUUGCCUGUUAUUAUUUUUUUAUUAUUGAAAGUAUACACAGCAGAACAGACA